CUCUCUCCAAACACGUAGGCGUGCGCGACAGUCAAUCCACCUUAAGUGAAAAUGAGGAAGUCAAAGCUUGUUCCAGUUCUCGUUCCCUCGCAGGAUUUUUGGUUUGUGUAGCCUUGGACUAUAUUUAACAAGAUGUAUAUGCUUGUACAAACACACACGGCGGACCUGCUACAUCUGAAGAGGUCGCCUGGGAUUCGCGCGUGGUCAUUACUUGUUGGUAUGUUAUCCAUUGGACUUGCUGCUGCAUACUACAGUACAGAUAGCCUGUGGUGGAAGGCAUUUUAUGUGACCGGCUGUUUAUUUGUGGCCCUUCAAAACAUGGAGGAGUGGGAGGAAGCUGUGUUUGAUAAGGCCCGCAACAUAAUUGAGCUGAAGACAUUCAGUCUAUAUGCGCUGGUGCUCACAGUGACACGUGGGGGCCAUAACACAGUGGUAUUGGACAUGCAGCACCUACGUGAUCUGAGUGUACGGGAGGAGACUGUCCGCUACUUGGGGAAAGGAUAUGUUCUCAUAUUGCACAUGGAGACAGGGUUUUCUUACCCACUCACUCAGAAUGCCGUGCUGGCAGGAAAACGUGAUGUGGAAGCAGUUGAAGCACUUCUCAGACGUUUUCUUGUCCUGGAGGAGGGAUCAUGUGCUUCACAAGGAAUUGAGCGAGAUGCAGAACUGGAAGCGCACAGUGGUCUGAAUGACAGUAGUGAUUCAGAGGAUUAAAAUAAAUGUUUUUUACCAUAUGAGGUCAAAUAUAGCAACACUUCUUACAUGUGUGUGGUACAUCUCUAAUUGGAAGGCUUUGUUAAAUCAUGUCAUUAAUUUCCAGAAAUGAAAUGCUCUGAUUGGAGUGGGGUCUACUUUCAGGUCUUUGUAGGAGUAAUCACAGGAGAGAUUGACUGCCAGUGUUAACUUUGAUAUUUUAAUUGAUUGAGUUGAUACUUUGAUUGAUUUGAGUUUGUAUAUAAAACUGACCAACUUUUGCCUUGGUUCAGUGGUAUCUACCUCAACAACACAAUUGUGUUUUUGUGCCUUGGCUUUAUUUGUGCCUGUGUAGUUUUCUCCUGGCGUUGCUUGCUGCCAUUUCCAGCUGUGUUAAAUAAAUAUCCAUAAAGAAAUCAUA